AUUUAUUUCCCACUGGUUCACCAACUUAUGUGAGUGGAAAUGUAAUGGGCGGUGUUCGAAGUGGGUACCAGUCGAAAGUGUGUCAUUCAUUCAUUGCAGAAAUCUCUCUCAAGCCGGGCGUUUCCGCAUUGUGAGGAAGUCUAAACAUGGCUGCGACAUUGAGGCCCUACCUACAGGCAGUAAGGGCAACCUUACAAGCAUCCAUGUGCCUUGAAAACUUCUCCUCACAGGUCGUAGAAAGACACAACAAACCGGAGGUGGAAGUCAGGAGCGGGAAGGAGCUUCUCCUCAUACCGGUAGUGGUCAGCCGAAACGAGAAAGAGAGAGUUCUUAUAGAGGGAUCCAUCAACUCAAUCAGAAUAAGCAUUGGCAUCAAACAAGCUGAUGAAAUUGAGAAGAUCCUAUGUCACAAGUUCAUGCGCUUCAUGAUGCUGAGGGCAGAGAACUUCUUCAUCCUCAGACGAAAGCCGGUCGAGGGCUACGACAUCAGCUUCCUCAUCACCAACUUCCACACAGAGCAGAUGUACAAGGACAAGCUAGUAGACUUUGUCAUCCAGUUUAUGGAGGAAAUCGACAAGGAGAUUAGCGAGAUGAAACUUAGCGUCAACGCCAGGGCCCGUAUCGUCGCUCAGGAGUUCCUGAAAAAUUUUUAAAUAAUGUAGAUGCAGCUCGAUGCAAACUAAUAAAGGGGUGGGCUAAGGAUGCGAUCACCAUCAAGAGUUUGUAGCAUCCACACAUCUUAUCAGAGGAGAAAUACGGCUUUCUAGAAGGUAUAGCUUCACCGGCCCUAAUUCCUCCCAUAUCCUUCAAAAUCCGCCGGGAAGUAUCAACCCUCUUACUAAGGCUCCUCACGGGAAGUCAAUAUUCAGAGAAAUAUGUAAAACCCUUCAAAACCCUGCAGGUCAGUUUCAGGUGAAGGGAUAUGAAGUGU